CUCCUAAUUAGCGUUCGAACAUCCGAUGUGAUCCUUCUAAAGUUUAGUAACUCGUAUCCAAACACCCCCUUAAUCUCUAAAGGUGAUUUGGAACACGUACACGAUUUCCUAGAGAGCUGAAUUUUGUCAGGUGGAGCUGUUUUGGCACUAGAGUUGCGUGGUCUAUGGGUUAUCUAGUCAUCUGGUCCUACGGGGAAGAAGUUUCCGCGACCUCAAGACCCGACAUGACGCCUCUACAUAUAGCAUCUGAUGUGCAUGCUGAACUUCUGGGCAAGGCUGAACACUGAGAGGUCAAGUGGUCUGUUUCUGCGCUGGUGUGGUAAUGCACGCAAAGAAGAAAAGGAUGGAUUUGCCAGUCUGGUAUCUAUCAUUUUUUCUCCCCCGAAUGGUUUCUGAUUUCAUGUGCCAGAUCCAGCAACCAAAGUUCACAAGCUGACAAGCAUUACAAAAGUAGUAUUAGCUCUGCUGCAGUAUGUGCGGAGCUGUCGAAACUACUCGAAAUAAGACGUGCACUGCAAUGGCAAUAUUAGCUCUCCAGUAGUCAUGGGUCAUGACCCGAAAUGCAGAAUUCCCUGGGAGCGAGUCAACGAGCACAGAAUUCCGAGGAGCCGAAGCCGUUUCUUGAGGAGGAGAAACGGGAGAGUCCGGGUCGUGCCAACCAGAACCAGCUGCCGCCGCUUCCACUCCAAAUGAAGGCCUUCACGAAGCUAUGGCCGGCGCUCGCGGAGAGCAAGCUCGCCAUCGCGGUGUUCGCCGGCCUGUUCGUCGGGGCGGUGGUCUUGUUCUCUGUUCCGCCGCAGUUCCCACUCCAUGGCGCUAAUGUUCUCUUGCGGGGCUCGCCGGGAAACGGCGGUGCAGGUUCGCGGGCGGAUGAGACGAACGGUCCUGCACAGCCGCCGCUAGCCGAUAUGUCAGCAGAAGCUCCAGCACCCACAAAGCAAGCCCAGGAAAAAGAAGCCACGAGUUCUCCUAAAAAUUCCACUGGUAAAGAAAUUGCACCGAUCUCCGUUCUACCUCCUCUGAAGCCAAUCUGCGAUCUCUCCGACCGGCGUUACGACGGCUGCGAGAUGUGGGGUGACGCGCGCACGGCGAGCGGCGCCAACAAGUCGUCGGUCUACUUCAUCCCACCGCCGUCGCAGCUCGCCACCGCCGCGGCAGCCACCUGGAGCAUCCGCUCGCAGUCCCGCAAGAUGAUCGGCGUCCGCGAGGUCACCGUCAGGUCCCUCGACCUGUCGAGCCUCCACGAGGCGCCCGACUGCACCGUCCGCCGGAGCGUGCCGGCCGUGGUGUUCGCGCUCGGCGGCCUGACGUUCAACUACUGGCACGCCUUCAGCGACGUGCUGGUCCCGCUCUUCACGACGGCCCGGGCCUUCGGCGGCGAGGUCGACCUCGUCGCCACCGGUGCCCAGGCCUGGUUCCUCAGCAAGUACCGGCGCGUCCUCGGGGCGCUCUCGAAGUACGAGGUGGUUGACCUCGACGCCGACGGCGAGGUGCGCUGCUACCCGCACCUCAUCGUCGGCCUCCGCGGCCACCGCGACUUCGACAUCGACCCGGCGCGCGCCCCGAACAACUACGACAUGCGCGCCUUCCGCCUGUUCGUCCGGGGCGCCUACUCCCUACCGCCACCAACCGCUCCGCUCCCAUGGAGAUCGUCCGGCGGCAAGAAGCCCCGGCUCAUGAUCAUUCUCCGGCGAUCGACGCGGCGGUUCGUGAACGAGGACGCCAUCGUCGGCGCGAUCGAGCGGGCCGGGUUCGAGGCGGUGCGCAUGGAGCCGACGGCGGCGGCGGGCAUGGACGCGGUGUCGCGCGAGGUGGACGCGUGCGACGCGCUCGUGGGGGCGCACGGCGCCGGGCUGACCAACAUGGUGUUCAUGCGCACGGGUGCCGUGGUGGUGCAGGUGAUCCCGUGGGGGAAGAUGGAGCCCUACGGCGAGGGGUUCUUCGGCGCCCCGGCGGCGCACAUGGGGAUCCGGCACGUCUCGUACAGUGUCGCCGCCGAGGAGAGCACGCUGUACGACAAGUACGGAAAGGAGCACCCGGUGAUCACCGACCCCGACGUGUUCUACAGGAACGGCAGCAACGCGAGGCUGUACUGGCGAGAGCAGAACAUCCGGCUCAACACCACCAGGUUCGCGCCGACGCUCGAGAUGGUGAAGCGGAUGCUGCGAGAAUGAACUGCUGCUCUUGAUGAUGUAGCAUUGUUUUGCAAUUAGCAUACGCGGACAAAUAAUGUGUUUCGUUACAUUUGCGCCAAAAAAGUUAGUAUCUCUGUAUCUCACAUCUCAGGAAAUGUAUCAACAUUCUCCAGUUUCCA